AUGGACAUUGCCUGUGACAUCAGAGAAGGCAGGGAUUAUAAACCCGCCCACUGGCCCUCAGCAGCCUCAUCGUCCUUUCCUCUGAGCUGUGGGGAAGUUGGCUCCGACAUGGCCGAGCCCUGUCGUGAGACUUCUUCUGAGGAAAGCCUCGGCACCAAAGAGCCCACAGAAGCCGAACCAAAGAGCCCAAAGCAGAAGAUGCCAAGGUGUUGUCGCCGCUGCUGCCCGGACAGUUUCAUCACCUCUUUCCCCAGGGUUCUGAAGCAGGUUCACGAGGGCCUGGACAUCUUCGAGCCCAUCGCCGAGGAGUCUGCACCCCUGGCCAGCUCCACCAAGCGCUCCACCAUCACCUUCAGAGAGAUCCAGACCUCCGUGCCCCUGCUGCUGCCCAGGGAGAUUGGCAAGCACGCCAUGUCCUAG